AUGCCACAGUCAACAGAUUUCCGAUCCUAUCAAGACACCUCGGAAGAUUUCAACACAAACAUGCUCCAACCCGAAGAAUGGAAAGGUCAUGGAGAGGAUGCGGGAGUAGCUAACCCCUUCCAUGACGUCUAUCAAGAAAACAUUCACCCACACUCUCACCAAUUCCAAGCUAGCGGCCCCCCUUCCGGACCACCUAGUAUCAGCAGCUCUAAGUACUCCACAAAGUCUCGCUCCGACCUUAGUUGCUUACCUCCUCCUCCCCUAAACCCUCCUACUCCAUCCUACAAGCAUCGCGAUCAACAGGCAAACGCUAGUUCCACAAAAGCAACCACCUUCUCUCUUUACCCAACCAACCACAUUCUCCCCCCAGCUUCUCCCUCUCCCUCUUAUAAAUCUCGCGACCCAAUCCUCAACACCAUUUCAGCAUCUACCUCUGUUAGUACCACUUUCACAAACUCAACAAACCGCAUCAUCCGCCUCCCUCCUCGUGGCGUUUCCCACUUCAACCCCGCCACCAACAAAAAUUGGCUUCAAAUCCUACAGUCCUUCCUCUCUUAUACCUUUAAUAAUCCCGAUAUUCUCGAGGAGGCACUCGAAACCCCUAAGAAUGGCGUAACGUGUGUUGGAAAAAGUAUGCGAAUCUGUUUGGAUGGCAAUGAAGGACUAGCGAAAUUAGGUGAGACUGCCAUCAGAUUGGUGAUGAGGGAACAGUUUUAUUUGUUUAGUAUUCCUGAAGUGCAAGCCUCUCAAAUACUAAACCGUAUCCUCUCCCGCGUCUCCCUCUCUGCUUACCCAACUAUAGCAUCAUGUAUUCGUCCCCAGCCCAGCAUCCCAAUGUCUUUCCGUAAUAUCAUAGAACUCGUCAAAGAGGAUACGCGAGAAGAUAACACCCGUAUUAUUAGCAGAGCAGUCAGGGCGGUAAUUGGGGCUGUAUACUUAGAUGGUGGAAUUGAGAGUGCGAAGAAGAUAAUGGAGAAUUUGCAGAUGGGAAUCAAAUUGCCACCGGGAAGUAAGAGGUAAGAUAGGGAUGGGUGGGGAUGAUGUGCGGGUGCUUGGGUGGUGUGGUGGAUGAUAUUGGUAGCUUCAGAUCUUGCUUGUAUGGUAGUUAAGCGACAGAAUUUCAAUUAUCUAUGUCCAGAUCCA